AUGGCCAUGUUGACCGUUCUUCUGCUUCUCAGUGCUGCCUUUGCUCUGGGAGACGCAAGUAUGAGUCAACUUUACAUGAUUCAUUCUGUAUUUGUUUUGUUGUAGCAGAGGUGACUGAUUGACCUACUAAUAAUAUUGUAGUUGUGAUUUGUAGAGCCGUCUCGACUAGCCUUUAAAGCCGGCUGCAACUUCUCUUUACAGUUUCAUCAGGAAUCCGCUUGUGUCCCUCCGGUUGGGCCUACUAUGGAUCACGCUGCUUCAUGUUUGUCAAGACUGCAAGGAACUGGCCUGAAGCAGAGGUAUCAUGCUUACCAUCUACUGUGAAAUAAGCAAAAUAACGUUUACUUGAAAUCAACUAUUUUCUUUGACAUUACCUUAGAAGUUAUAUUUUCUAUACUUGCAACACAUGCCUCAUGUAAAAUACUGAACUUCCCUUUUAAUCAUUAUGAAAUGUGUUUGUCCCUUUCUACUGCUUUCUCUAGCGGCAUUGUAUUUCCCUUGGAGCAAACCUGGCGUCUGUGCAUAGCUCUGAGGAGAAUCAAUUUCUACAGGAUGUGGUGUCUUCCAAGACUGGCAGUUUCACUGCUACCUGGCUUGGAGGAUUUGAUACUAUUCCGGGACUGGUGGGAAAGGUACCCAGUUAUCAUACUUAAUUCAGAGCGAUUUAAUGCCUUAAUAGAAAAUGACUCAAGUGACUGUCACCCAGUAACAUUCUGCUGUUUUCGUGUUAUCCAGAACCUUGGUGAAUGCAACUAUGGUGCUGCCAACAAUUUACACUUUUUUUGCAGACAUUUACUUUUACCGGCCAUAUUCAACGGGUGUUGCGCCUUUGUAUGUUAUUCAGCUGUCGCAGUGACCGUCUAUUGAAAUGGUUACAUGCGUAGUGGAGUCUCUUGUUAAAACAUGUAGCUAAUUUAAACAUUGAACCAUAAUCUCAACUCAUGAUGUUACUACCAUGCAUGAAUCUGCAGGUAGCUAACCAACCAGGUUCACUGCUAGCUAGGUAGCUAACAGUACACUUCAAAUUAAAAUGAAAUUGACUUUGUCAAAAUUAGUAACGUGUCAUAUCUGAAAAUGUAGCUAGCUACAUAUCUUAACCGUAUACAUUGAUUGACGCAUCCUGUCACGGAUGCCAUGGUUGCCCUUAGUUUGAAGAUGUAAUCUGGAGAUGGGUGUUUUCUCAUCUCCUUAGCUAUCAUACUCUAAUUCCACUGAUUUUAAAACUUUGUCCUCAAGAAAGUGGAGAGCAACACUUAUGUAGUUGAACUACGUAUAUAAAGAAGUCUCAUUAGACAGGAUUACCUACACAUACUGACCAGCUCAAAUAGACAGAAGCGUGCUAUAUGGCAGACCAAUCUGAACUCCUCUCGGCAUCUCCAGCUCACUCAUUAUCUCAGCCAAUCAUGGCUAGCAGGCAUGUUGCUGUCUUUUUCUGUGGCUAAACCAACUAGGCUCUUUUAUUUUUAUUUGCAUUCUAGUUUGUUAUUAAGGCACAUCUAAGUUCGUGUUCCAGAAGGUAUUUCUGCCAAUAAGUUUACGUUCAAAUUGCUCUCCUGUGAAGAAGUGACCAGCGACAUACGCCUAGUUUCCUGAAACGAGUCAUGUGAGAACUAUGGGCUCUAUGGUUAAGAAGGGUCGUUUAAAAAAAAAAAAAAAAGCUUUGACAUCACAGGGUAGGAUUAAAAGUGACAAACAGUUUCUAGCCAGAGUAUUUUCUUGCGCCCCAUGUCUCCGUAUCUGUUUGAAAAUCAUGGCUUGAACUUUUGAUGUCAUCGGGUAAUGUUUGAACUUUAUAUAUAUUUUUGUAAAAAACGUAGAUGCGUUUUCACAUGUUGAGCUGGAGAUAGUGGUGAAUUUUAAAUUGACUUAAGUAGCAAAAGAUCAUUUAAAUAAGUGUUCCUGGACAGCCAGGGGCACAUUCCAUGUACCAUCUAUAAAUGCAGUAUUUGUGUUUAGUGACAAUGCCAGCAUGAUGGCAGCAGCUUCGGCGUCCAUUCAGCUGUGACACGUUCUGAAUUAGAUUUGACCAACAUUGCACAACUGUUAGGUCAAUCCAUUGUUUUGGUUGAAAAGUGCUCUACCGCAGUAAGUUUGGUUGGGAGUUAUUGAUUGAUGCCACUGCAGUGUCCAUAAACACAUAGUGGGGUAGUAUUGUAGGAAAGAUCAGUAUUCACUAACACACUGGGUAUAGUGUCUAGAACCAAAAACAGUUCUUCGGCUGUCCCCAUAGGAGAAACCUUUUGAAUAACACUUUCUACCUGGAUCCAUAAAGGGUUCUGCUAUGGGGACAGCCACGGAGCCCUUUUGGAAACCCAUUUUCUAAGGGCGUAGAUGGAUCCGUAUCCAUUAACACAGUGGGAUUUCUUUCAUUCUGAGACCUCACUACUUCCCCACAGGACAGGCUAUGGUUCUGGAGUGAUGGAGCUGACUUUGAUUACCAGAACUGGAAUCAAGGAGAGCCCAACAACAAUGGUGGCAGAGAGCCAUGUAUUGUGAUGAACUUUGGAGGUACAGUAAGCCCACUAUCAUUCACUAUCACGUUCAACUUUAUUCAUAGUCCAUUUAACAAAUCUCACACUAUUCUGUUUACAUCGGUGUUAAUUUCUGUCCCGUGUUUCCUCUGAAGGUGAACACGGCUGGAAAGAUCUAG